UGGCUGCUUCCAGAUGUAACACUGAGAAAAUCUCCAUAAUGUAUCAAAGGUAUCAACAGAGGCAGAGAGCUCUAGCCUAAAAGUGCUUCGGUUUCCUGUUUUGGCGUAAUCUAUAACUUUCUUACUCAUUGCUCAUUCAUCGUCAUCCUUCAUUCAACUUCAAAGUCAAUUUUUCAAUAACAAAUAAUAAUUAAUUCUGUUUCUUGUUAACGUUAUAUUUUAGUUUUAUGCGACAGUCUUAAAAUGGAUCGAUUUAUAUCAAUAUUAUUAUGAGUAAAAAUUAUGCUGGCUUUCUCCAUUGUGGAUUUGUAAGCUACCAAUUGACAAAUGGAUAACAGAAGCCGUCAGAACGUUGCAGGCAUGCCAACUGCAACUUCAAAGUCAAGUCUGGAUAUGAAUGGCGUGGGCAGUAAUCGACAACAUGCCAGGCGUAAGACGCACACCAAAAAAGUGAAGCGACAGCCGACUACCAACACAGGCUACAGGUCGAUGAGUGAGUUCCAGCCACCUCCCAGCUGUUGGAUGCCGCUCAGUCAACAACGCCUGUUCCCGGCCGUGUCAGAUUCCGCGGUCGGCGGCUGUCCUAUGUACUCUGUGGAGUAUCAGCCGGUUUUCCACCCGGUAGCGAUGACGUCACACCGCUGCAACGGCCUGCUUCACACCGAACGGCCGAACAGUGAGUACGGCCCGCUUCUCACCAACAGCGAGUACGGCCCCCUUCACACCAGCCGCGAGUACGGCCCACUUCACACCAACAGCGAGUACACCAGUCUGCCGCCCAACACAGUCCUCUGUCAGUCGGAGUCGCAGCGGCGCUUCAGUGACCCGGGCCUCGCCAACGGCCUUGACUCGGACGAUGAAGAGAGCGCCGCAUCCUGCACUGGUGAUGACUGCAACGCCACACUCACCGAGCGGGUCAACUGCCUCACCAGAGAGAAUCACAGACUGCGCGCUGACCUGAAGGAGACCAGGCGAGAACUGCAAGAGCUCAAGAUGGAGAUGAACGCUUGGAAGGAGUCGCGUCCCAGCUAUGAGCCCGGCAUGGUUUCCGAUAUGGUUUGCGAAGUGAGGGAAUCAAUGAAAGUUCACCAAGAAGUACUUCUAGCCAGGCUGAAGCAAACGACUCCUCAGGUCAAUGACAGGCUAACUCUGAAAGAAUUUGAUGAUCUGAAGAAGAAACUUCAAAAUGUUACAAAUGAAAAGGAAUCUCUGAGCGACAGGCUGAAAAGAUUGGAGGAACAAAUGCAAACCGUUAUGGUGCAUAAUAGUCUUCAAGAAUCCAAUCAACAAGAACUUGUAGUUCUUGAGCAAGAAAAACUGAAAUUAAGGAGAGAGUUACAAGAAGAAAUAGAUGCUCGCAAAACAGCUGAGUCACAAUUUCGAAGCCUGGAACAUGUGCUGGGCGCCUUGCGGAAGAAGAAGAUAAACGGCAUAGUGGAGGACAAGAUGGCGGCCGAUGGGGAUCACGUGACCUCGGGCGAGUCUCUGAUGAGCAGCCUCGGCAGUGGCUCGAUGCAUUCGCCUCAUGUCACCAUGUCAGGUCCUGUUACCGACCUCUGACCUCUGACCUCGCUCCACCACACCCAAACACAUUCCAACCUUUCCCCGUAAUGUAUAUUAGGUUAUACAGGAUUGUUUCCGCAAGGAUCUUAUAGAUUAAAACCCUAAGUUCCCCAUACAGAUUGUUCCGAAUUGUUUCCGCAAAGAUCUUAUAGAUUGAAACCUUCAGUUCCCCCCAAGGAUUGUUUCGAAUUGUUUCCGCAAGGAUCUUAUAGAUUAAAACCUUAAGCUCCCCCUAAGGACUGUUUCGAAUGGUUUCCGCAAGGAUCUUAUAGAUUAAAACCGUAAGUUCCCCCUAACCUAAGGAUUGUUUCGAAUUGUUUCCGCAAGGUUCUUAUAGAUUAAAACCUUAAGUUCCCCUCAAGAAUUGUUUCCGCAAGGGUCUUAUCGAUUAGAUACUUGAGUUCCACAUAAGGAUUGUUCCGAAACCGUUUAAUUGACCAGAUAAGAAAAUCUCAAUAUGUUAGUUUCGUUUUCUGGAAGUUGAACUAUAGUUGUACUGUUAUAUUUAUUAAAUAUUUCAACUCUUCUAAUUUUACUUUCUUUUAAAACUAGCUCCAAUUUAGGACCUCUUUCUCCAAAGAUGGUUUUACUAUUGAACCCGUUUAAUCAAUGUAUGAUCGCAUUAUUUUUAUAAUGUGUUUCAAUUGAGUCAGCUGGUCGUUUAAACUUGAUUUUUAGUUAAAAUUUUUUGGAGAAAGCGACCCUUAGUGGUGACCAUCAUAAUACAGUUUUAUACAAUGGAUUGUUUGAGAAAACGUUUGCUCCCAAAUAACGUGCUUCUAAAGAAUGAAAAUCUCAAUGCAUUAGUUUUGUCAUUCUGAAAUUUAAUUAUAGCUCCUAACUUUUCUUAUUUUCAUUUAAAAAAACCAAUUGCUUUCUCAUGGAAUUCAAGCUAGCACCAGUCUAGUUUCUUGUUGACUUUCAUUUUAAGCGAAUGCUAGAACUAUGUAAUAAUUCUAAAAAACUACUAUGCCUAUUGUUUGAAAUAUUCAAUAUCUAGACUGGAUCCUAGAGGAUUGAAGUUAUGUUGAACCUACUUUCAACGCCUUUAUCAAAGCCAAACAUCUGUAACAUCACGACUUCAAAAUCACGAAUAUUUGCUAUCACUUUUGUGUGUUUUAGUGGGAGAAAUUCCAAUGAUAGUUUUUGUGACCUGAUUGAAAAAAACUAGUUUUUGGACAUUAAUUAAUGCAUGAAAAUAUGCCAUUGAAAAUUUCUGAUUUGAUAUAAAUGAUUGAGAUCUAUAGCAACACGUUCAAGACUCUUCUGUGCCUUUUUAUUAAGAGUACAAUUGAAUACCUCAAGCAAAAAGUCGAAGUAAUUUAUUUUAGUCUAUUAAAAUUUUAAACUUUUAUUCUAUAAGAUCAAAUGCAAUACAUAAACUUAUAAGAAAGAGGACUACUGACUGACGGUAGUCAAAUAUCAAUUAUGUACUAACUGAACACUUUGUUUUAUUACUAAAAAGAGUAUUAUCAUGACUCUUUCAAACCAAAGUAGUAUAGCUCUGAGUAAUUCAAGUCGAAAGAAAAGUAUAUGCAUAAAUUACAUAUGUUCACUAAUAUUAUGUAGCAACAAUGUAUAGUACCUAGUACAGUAACGUAGAAAACCUUAGUGCCUUUGUUAAAAAGAUGCCUUCACGAGAAAUACUAAUAAUUUUCUUGAAAUUGGAUAGGUGUAUCCAUAGAUUAGAGAAUAUUGAAUAUCACUCAUUAUUUAGAUAUAUCUAUUGAUUAAUCUUUAUAAUUAUUCAUUGUUGAGUAAAUAGCUACAUGGACUUCUGAGAAAUAUGUGACUGUCGAGAUUCAUAGACUACGCCGAACUGAAAAGAGAGAAACGAUGUUCAUACUCGUCAGAUGCAUUUUGCAGAUAAUAAUUUGGGACUCAUUUAUCUAAAAUCAUGUUAGGUUAGGUAGAGGCAUUAAAUACCUAUUCAAAAAAAAACUAACAUAAGUACGGUGUGGAAUAGCAUUCUCGUUAGUCAAAUUUAGCGAUUACGCUAACGUUACUGAAAUCUAAAACUCGACUGUCAUUUGAUAGAAUAAAUUAUCGUUGAUUGAAGUGAAAGUACCUCUAAUAUUAUUGGUAUAAUAUAUAUUUGCCGUAGACCUAGGCCAUGUAGAACAAAUUUAUUAUUUUUUAAAAUUAUUGUUUAAGAUUUUUAAUGGUAAUUAUCAACUCAGGAGUAUGAGGUUCUUAUUUAAGCCCUAGUCCCAAGUUUAGAAAAAAUUAAAACCUACUUCUAAUUGAUAAAACCUAAUCAAUUCAUUGAUUUUCCUUCAACUGAUGAAACUAUUUCUAUUUAUUAAUAUUUUGUUUGAAAUUGAAACAUACUUCUCAACUGGAAGCUCACUGUAGAUAAUUGAAAAUGCAGUGUAAUAUUCAUGCAAAAUCAUACGCUGCACUGUUAUUGUCUUCUUGAUCCUGUUGAAAGUUCAUUUUUUCAAAUUACCAUGUUCAUUUUAUAUAAUUUCAAUUGUUUGCUACUAUGUUGACUUCCAUCUUAUAGUAUUUUUCAACAAUAAACUAUUGUUACCAUAGGCCUACUUUAGCUUCUCUUCCACCUCAAAUUCUCUCUAAAUGAACUUAAUAUUACUUUUCUGAAAGCAUUUCCUACUUUUCUUUGAAAAUCAAUCAACAUAAUAUUAUAUUGCUGAAUGGUGAAGGUCCUACCAAAUUAUUUUAUGGUUUAAUGAUGAACUUUUCAGCAGACGUCUCUUUUUAAAUCUCGUGAUGAAUAUAAAUUAUUGUUUUCAUAUAUUUCACAUUCCUUGACAAACUGCUAGAUAAUAAUUCGUUUUUGAACUAUUUUCACGACACUACAGUCAAGUUUUUUUAAUAAAAUUCAUUAAAACUAGUAGUCAUUCGGAUUUUUAAAUCCAUUUUCGACACUUUGUUCAACACAACACCUUGUUGAAAAUAGAUUUAAAAAUCCGAAAGCGCUCCACACGUGAGUACUAGUUUCUAAUAUAAAUUUCAUUCAAAAAACUUGACUGUAGUUAAAAAAUCAUUCAAGAACGAAAUAUUGUUCGUUUUGAACAAUUUUUGACGACACUAGAGUCUAAAUUAAGUUACGUAAGUAACUUAACCUUUAGACUGUUUAUUCAAAAUUAAGGUUUGAUACAGUUUUAGGCAAAUGCCUGUUGUAUUUACCUAGAUUGUAUUUGCAUAUGAAUAAAUGAGGCCCAUUGACGGCUCAAAUUAUAUAUUCAGGCGGUGGGACCUUCCCGCAAGGGACUCCCCACCAACAAAAGCCAUGCGAAUUUACUUUAAUGAAUAAUUAGACUGUAGUGUCGUCAGAAAUAGAUCAAAACGAAUUAACUUGCAGUUCGUCAUGGUUGGUGAAAUAGAUGAGAAAUAUUAUUGUUGUUUGAAAUUCUAUUUAUGCUUGAGUUGAAGCAGUAGGCCUGUAUUGCAUGUUGAGGCUCUAAAUAAUUAUCUGUAAUUAAAUUAUAAAUUAUUCAUGUAUGAAAAUUAUUCAUUUACUGUAUUUCAAAUGUUGAAAAUUCAAAUCCGUCCUGGAUAUGCCUUAUUAAAUUGAGUAAUUGCUGCUCAACUUGGAUAUUAUUGUAUCUGUAUUCUGUAAUAUAAUGUUUUAGGUGCCUGAUGAUAUUUUUGACCAUAUUGAUAAUUCAAUUAUUGCUUUCAAUAUUUAUGAAUCUCCUCUGUGAUUUGUGAUGAAUUUGUUACACUUUUAUGGUUGUAUCCAAAAGCAAACAAUAUAAUUAAUAUCGUGGAUGUGAGUAAUUUUUAGACUGAAAAUGAAAGUUUGCUUAAUUUUGUUUGCCUGAUUUUUCAUUUAAUAUGGAAUCAUGUCAUACCAAAGAAUUUCACUCUUUGGCAAAUAUUGGUAAGCUUCUUUCAAAACAUAAAGCGUUGUAAUAUAAAUGACAUUAUUGUUGAACUUUGAAGCCUGUAACAGCGACAAGCUUCUCCUCCAUUGUUAUUUUUUUCAAGAUUACAAUCUUCUACUGGAAUUCUUAAUAGUGUUGUUGUAAUUUUGUCAAUAAGUGAUGAAGUAACUGUGAAUAUUUCCUAUGAUAUUGGAAUUGUGUACCUUUCACGAUCAAACAUAAUGAACAUUAUGUACAUAAUUACAUAAUGAACAUUAUUAAACCAAGAAUAUGAUGACUGUAUCCAAAUGGAAGUAUUGUUUGUAGAUCUGUAUUUUUUUCUUGUAUAGAUUUUUUAUCAUUACUUAUUUUCUUGCACAUCAUACAUGCAGUUUGUUGUUACACAUUUAUUUUAAAAUUAAUCUAUUUUCAUACAAAAAGAAAUAAAGGGUUGCCUAUUUUACUCUCCAACAAAACUUACUUUGGAAAUUUCACUCAUUGAAAGCUGUUAUUAAUGCAACACAAGCGUACUAUAAAAAAUUGAAUUAAACUUUCAGCAUUUUGCAAAACUAAGAAUACCUUCCCAGACAAGAAGACAUUAAAGUAUUUGUUUCACAUAUUAAUAAACUUUCAAAAAUAAUAUUCUAUCUAAACAAAUGGUACAAAAAUAUUUAUAUGAAUUUCUAGGUAGUUUAGAGUUUGAAAUACAGAACAAUAGAAUAAAUUAGUCUAUAACUGAACUGAGAUUUUGUUAAUUUUUUGUAGUCUACGUUAAUAAUAUAAUAUAUUAUUCCUUUAAUAAUAAUAUUAUUAUUCCUUUGUAUUUUUUCACGUAUUGCAUCACAAAUAGAUAGCUUUUUAGUGUUAUACAUUUUUUUGGAUUAUUAAAAAAAUGUUUCUUUUCUUAUAAUAGAUUCGUAUUAGACAAUGUAUCAUAAAACAUUGCAUGAUCUUAAGAGUCAGAGUCAGUAAAUUACAUAAAAAAUGUUAGAUAAUUAUCAACUUAAUUUAAGAUUUAUAAAAAAGACAUA